AGGGGGUGAACCCAAGAAUUUCUCAAUAUUUUCCUACUAGAGCAACUAUCACCUGAAUAUAUAGUAUACAUGAAUAUAUAGUAUACUAUAGAAAUUCUAUAAAUCAGUAUUCGAUAAAUUAAUUGAAUUAUCCCAUAGAAAAUGAAAAAAAACACCGGUGCCAGAAUCAGAAAAGGGCAAUUUGGUAAAAUCAUUCCAAGAUUCCUAUUGGCACAACUGUCUCAAUAACUUCUAUAUAUACCAAAGCCGAUGAGUGUAAACCUUUACACAACCACACUUAAGUCUUAAAGCUGAGGAUUCCUUUUCUAUCUUUUUUAUCUUUCAUCACUCACUCACAAAAGCAACGAACAAUCCAGAGAGAGAUGGAUCAUAUAAAACAGGAGUUUCUGAAGAAACUUGCCAAGUUCAUAGUAAUUUUAAUAUGGGUUUCAUCUCUUUUAAUCACUCUCAACUCCCAUCUAUAUAGGUUCACAAUUCACCUUGUAACACACGCGGUAGAUAAGAACUACAUGUUCCUACUCUCCAGUGCUCUCUUAGCGUUUGUCGCUAAGGGCAUCGCUACGUCAAAACCAGUAGAGGAAGGUUGGAGCAAGACUGAUAAAACCUUUGAUUACCGAGAUUUCGAGAGUUACGAUGCCAUAUUGGAGCUAGAGUAUUACCAUGUGCAUGAAAAAGAAAGAUAUUCUUUUCUUGCAGAGGAAGUUAGUACAAAUGAUCAAGAAACCGAAGAAAAGAAAGAAGAUCAAGAAACCAAAGAAGAAAAAGAAGAUCAAGAAACCGAAGAAGAGAAAGAAAAAGAAGAGUAUGCUGAGCCAUUAACAGAUAAUGGUGAUCUAGAGGAAGAAUGUGAUAUUCAUGGCGGAUUCAAAGAAGAGGAGGAUAAUGUGGGAGUGGUGACGGAGGAAGAGAUGAACAAGAGAUUCGAUGAGUUCAUUAGAAAGAUGAAGGAAGAGCUUAGAAUCGAAGCUAAACGGCACUUGAUCGUUGUUUGAUUUCUAGUUAAGUUAGUUAUGUUUAAGUUUAAACGCAUGCAAUAAGGUCAUAUAGAGCGAGUUUUCUAGACUCUUCUUCAUGUCAUCUGUACUUUGAGUAUCUCUUUUAAUGGAAUCUUUCUUA